AUGGAAACAGGAGAGAAGCAAGGAGAAGGACGGCAUGGCCAAUGGUGUCCUUGUGGGAAGUUAGCACGGAUGCAGACUUCUUGGACCAGUUCAAACCUAGGGCGAAUAUUUCUAGUCUGCCCAAAGUCAAAGGGUGGAGAAGGAAAAUGCAAAGAUUUGAGCAAAGUCAAAAAUAUUGUGGGCUGCUAUGUUGCUUUCCUGGUUGGUGGUGUUUGCCAUGAAGAUGAAUUAGGCACUUUGGCAGUAGUUCAAUGGGCAUUGUAA